AUGCCGGGCAAGCGCAAAUCUGAAUCCAAAGCUUCACCUUCAACGCUCGCCAAGCCAUCGCUGCGGCUACUUUUCAGCUUCCUAUCACGGCGCGAUGUGGUCCUACUCCUUCUGCCGGCGGUCGCGUCGUCGAUCGCGGUGGGCAUGGUGCCAACCGCCAUGUCCAAGGUCGUCGGUCACGCGUUUGAUGCAUUCACCAGCUACGGGCGCGACUCGGCCACCGCGCCCGCACACGCUGCCGCCGAGGUGAACAGCCACUUUAUCAACCGGAUCCUCGGCUCGGUGUAUGCACUGCUGGGUCUGGCCGCCGCGAUGCUCGUCAUCAGCACACUCUCGGUGUCCGCGUGGAUCUGUCUGGGCGAGCUCGCGGCUGCACGAGUGCGGUUUGCGGUGUUUCACAGCGUGAUCGCCAAAAAGAUGGCGUGGUACGAUACGGGCAUGGGUCUUACCAGCGACGACCAGGAUGACGGCGAGCAGGUCGAGAUGUCGCCGGCGGGGCUCAUGACCAAAGUCGCGCGCGAGUGCGAUGAUCUGCGCGUCGCGCUCUCCCGCGAAGUCGGCGAUGUCAUGCAGCACAUCACCACCGCGGUGGCGAGUCUGGUGCUGGCCAUGUACACGAGUUGGAGCCUGACGCUCGUCAUUCUCGCCUCGAUCCCCGUCGUGCUGGUGCUGACUGUGGUCACCGAGAUCGGCGCGAAUCCGUGGCUGCAGCGCGAGCGCACCAGCACCGCACACGCCACCUCGUUGGUCGAACGCGUGGUCGAGGCGAUCAACACCGUCAAGUCGUUCAAUGCACAGAGCAGAGAGUCGGCGCGGUUCGACAAGGAGCUCGCCAGUGGCUCCAAGUCAUAUCGCCGCAUGCUGCUGUGGUGGGCCGUCCGAUUCGGUGUCACGGGCGGGCUCGUCUUCGCCACCUUUGUGCAGGGAUUCUGGUUCGGUGCGCAUCUGGUGAGCAAGGGAAAGCUCAGCCCGGGACAGGUCAUGACCGUGUUCAUGGCGAGCCUGCUCGUGUCCGGCACGCUCAACGAGAUCGUCCAGGCGCUCUCGUAUAUCGACAAGGGCAAAGUCGGGGCAGCCAACCUGGUCAACCUCAUCAACUCUCCAGACGACACCAGGGCGGCGCAGACGCAAGCAGAGCGAAGAGGGUCCAAGACCGCAAGCUCGAUUCACUCGACGGGCUCCGAGAGCAACGAGAAACAUUACUCACAUACGACGCACGCCAAGUCGGCUGUCGGCAGCGAAGAGAUGUUCGACAUUCUCGAGUACGAUAUGACCAGGGCCAAGGCAGUGCCUAUGUCGAUCGAGCACAUCCCAACCACGCCUUCGCCGGGCAUCCACAGUCCGGAUCACUUUACCUACCGCGCUCGACCGCGCGUGCACACCAUACGCGGUGCGCGGAGUGCGGUGCAGGGACUGCGUCGAAUCGCACCCGCCACGUGCCAGGGCGAGGUGCACCUGCGAGGCGUGAGCUUCAGCUAUCCGUCGCGCCCCGACACGUGCGUGCUGCGCAACGUCGACCUCUACUUCCCACCCGCCGAGAUGACGUAUGUCGUGGGCGGUAGCGGGAGCGGCAAGAGCACGAUCGCUCACCUCCUGCUGCGUCUGUACGAGCCGUCGGCGGGUACGAUUCAGAUCGACGACCAGACGAUCGAGUUCCUCGACCCGCACUGGUGCCGCCAACACAUCAGCGCGGUAAGCCAGGACCCGAUCAUCUUUGACAUGAGCGUGCACGACAAUGUUGCGCUCGGCCUCGUCGGUACUGCACAGGGCUCGGCGACAUCGGGCAUCCCCAGUGUCGCACGCGAGGACGUCGAGGCUGCGUGCCGACUCGCGCUGCUGCACGAGUUUGUGCGUGAUCUACCGGAGGGCUACGAGACCAGCCUCGGGUCAAAUGGCACAGCGCUCUCGGGCGGGCAGAGACAGAGGCUGGCGAUUGCACGCGCAAGGCUGCGCGAUCCGGCCAUCUUGAUCCUCGACGAGGCCACGUCGGCGCUCGACCCGACCACGCGCCACCUGGUGCACGAGGCCAUCAAGACGUGGCGCCGCGGCAAGACGACGAUCGUCAUCACGCAUGAUCUGUCCCAGAUCGAGCCGGAUGACUUUCUGUACCUGCUCGAAAACGGAGAGGUCGCCCAGCAGGGGUACCGCUCCGACCUCGAGGCCAAGGAUGGUCCGCUCAGGACGUUGUCGCUCCAGCAGCAUCAGCGUAGCCAGCAGGAGGACCAGGAAAGAGAGGAAGUGGUGGAGCAGCUCGAGGCGGUGGGGAGGGAAGAGCCGCAGGGGAGGAGGAGACGCAUGAAGUACAGGUCGAUGUUCGGAUGGGAACGCGAGGCCGGGGUGAUUUCGGAGCAUCUGUCGCUCAUCAUCUCGCAGAAGCUCGACAGUACGCCGUCGCAUCUCAAGCCGCUCCGGCUCGCCGAGCGCCAGGCGAUGAAUACGUACUUUGAGGACGCCGAGACGCUGCGUGCUUCUGGAUCUACCGCGAGCGACCGACGUGCACGCACUGUGGUGCUGGAAAGGAGGCGGUGGGAUGACGUACAGUCGCACGUCUCGUCGGAGACCACGAUCCACACGGGGGCACCAGAGGUGGAAAAAGCAGGUGCGGCCAAGGUGGCGACGAUGCGCGAGGUGUGGCAGAUCCUCUGGCGAACAAUCCCGAGCCGGGCACUUUUGGUGGCGGGAAUAACGCUGUGCAUCAUGGCGGGAGCACUCACUCCGGUGUUUUCGUUCCUGCUCGCGCAGCUGGUAGCGACCAUGGGGCGACCAGACCAGCAAGCGGCCGUGGUCAAGUGGAGCCUGCUCGUGCUGCUCGUGGCGCUGCUCGAGGGCGUGUUUUCCUUUACGCGCUAUCUGCUCAUGGAGACGCUGGCGGAUGCGUGGCUGCUGCGUCUGCGCAGCUCGUCGUACCGCCACGUUAUCGCGCAGGACCGCACGUGGUUUGAUCGGGGCGAGAACUCGCCUGCGCGCAUCUGCCAGAGCAUCGUCAAGGACGGCGAGGACGCACGUGGUCUGGUGGGGCAGAUCAUCGGCCAGCUCGCGCUGAUCUGCUCCAUGAUCACGCUCGGCAUCGUAUGGGCGCUCGUGGUGGGCUGGAAACUCACCCUCGCAGGGGUAGCGUUCGGACCCGUGUUUCUCGCGGCCACGUUCUGCCAGAGCAGGGUGAUCAGCGUGUACGAGGCGUGCAACAAGCUCAAGCGCGAAGCGGUGUCGGAGCGUCUGCAUGCAGCGCUGUCGCACAUCCGUGCCAUCCGUGCCAUGGGUCUCGAGAGCGUCUUCGCACAGCUUCAUCAGGGAGCGUUGGACGAUGUGCAGCGGUGCGGUAUGCAGGCUAGCGUGUUCUCGGGCUUCGGUCAUGGCCUCAGCGAUGCGCUGACGUACAUCGCCGAGGCGCUCAUCUUCUUUGUGGGCGCGAAGCUGAUCGUGUCCGGAGAAUACGACUUUGCACGGAUGAUGCAGGUGUUCAACCUGAUCAUCUUUGCGGUGACGUUCGCGGCGCAGAUGCUGACGUUCCUGCCGGGCAUGUCGAAGAGCAUGAAGGCGCUGGUGGAUCUGGACCGACUCGUUCGGUUGGGAGAGGCGGAUGCGCAGCGUGGCGAGGCAAAGGGCGAGAUGACGUGCGAUGUCAAGGGCGAGAUCGAGUUCCGCAACGUCGGAUUCGCCUACGACGGCAGGAGCGAGCGCGUGCUGGAUGGUGUGCAGUUCAGCAUUGGCGCGGGCGAGUGCGUGGCUGUUGUAGGCUCGUCGGGAUGUGGCAAGAGCACAGUCGCUGCUCUGCUGCAGAGGCUGUACGAGCCGAGCUCGGGAGAGAUUCUGGUGGAUGGAGUGCCGGUGUCGUCUCUCUCGACUGCGUGGCUGCGCGAACACCUCAGCAUCGUCGGUCAAAACCCGAGCCUGUUUGAUCUAUCCAUUGCGGCCAACAUCGCGUACGGAGCCAACUCGAAGCUGUACGAUGCGUUCGACACGUCGCUAUCGGACUCGGACCUGGAGCUGGUGCAUCAGUCCGCGCGGGCUGCCAACGCACACAGCUUCAUCGAGCACCUGCCCGAAUCGUACGCCACCAGUGUCGGUGGGGGCGCGACGGGGUCGGGUAGCAAACUUUCGGGUGGACAGGCACAGCGCAUUGCGAUCGCGCGAGCGCUGAUGCGAGUACGUGCUCGCAUCCUGAUUCUCGACGAAUGCACUUCGGCACUGGAUCCUGCCAACCAGCAGCUGAUUGUCGAGACGCUGCUGGAUGCCAGAGCCGCCCUGCGCCAACGCCGAAUGACCACGCUCGUCAUCACGCACAACGUCGACAUGAUGCGCCGAUGCGACCGCAUCAUCGUGCUCCGAAACGGCACCGUGGCCGAACACGGAAACUUCCAACAGCUGCUCAGUCAAAACGGCCACUUUGCCUCGCUCGCAAGAGCCGGUGAAUGGACUGGCUAG